AUGGUAUCGGAUCGGGAUCGGGAUCGCAUUGCAAUCCCGAUCCAGCACCCAAAUGCUGCGGGCUGUAUGCCUUACACUUGGGUAUCAUCCAAACUUGAUGCUGGCUCGCCAGAGCGUCCCUCGGACUCUCGGAUUGCAUCCGUUGGACACUCUCCUCAGGAAAGCGUCCAGCGGAUGGGGCCAGUUUCAAAAAACUCGCCCCGUGGUGUAGAAGUCUACAUGAGGGUUUUAUGCUGGUGUAGCAUGCUACAUGAGGUGAUGCACUAG